GCCCGGACCCGAGGCCUGCAAUCCGGUGGAGGGCCCGGCCCGGACCAUCCCAGCUCCGUACUCGACGCCCCCCCCGGGGAAACCCUGCCCCAGCACCCAGGAACCCCGCAGGCGGGCGUGAGGCCAUGAUGCUUUUCGGCGGCAUGGCAGCCCAGCUCCAGCGGGACCGGCUGAAGGCGGAAGGGGUCGGUCAGCACGACAACGCCAUCCGCUACCUGAACCAGGACUUCGAGACGCUGAGGGCCGAGUGUCUGGAGGGCGGGUGGCUCUUCGAGGACCCCCACUUUCCCGCCGUGCCGGCGGUCCUGGGGUUCAAGGAGUUGGGGCCCCACUCCAGUAAGACCCAGGGGAUCCGCUGGAUGCGCCCCACGGAAAUAAUCGAUGACCCCCAGUUCAUUGUGGACGGAGCUACCAGGACGGAUAUCUGCCAGGGGGCUCUGGGUGACUGUUGGCUUCUGGCCGCCAUCGGCUCCCUCACCCUCAACGAGGAGCUCCUGCACCGGGUGGUGCCCCACGGGCAGAGUUUCCAAGAGGAGUACGCGGGCAUCUUCCACUUCCAGAUCUGGCAGUUCGGAGAGUGGGUGGACGUUGUAGUAGACGACCGCCUGCCCACCAAGGAUGGGGAACUGGUGUUUGUCCACUCGGCGGAAGGCAGUGAGUUCUGGAGCGCCCUGUUGGAGAAGGCCUAUGCCAAGCUGAACGGCUCCUACGAGGCCCUGUCCGGCGGCAGCACCACCGAGGGGUUCGAAGACUUCACCGGGGGCGUCGCCGAGAUGUACGAACUUCGGCGGCCGCCCCGCAACCUCCCGCACAUCAUCCGCAAGGCUCUGGAGCGAGGCUCGCUGCUCGGCUGCUCUAUCGACAUCACAAGUGCCUUCGACAUGGAGGCCGUGACAUUCAAGAAGCUGGUGAAGGGACAUGCCUACUCAGUGACGGGGCUUAGGGAGGUCAACUAUCGGGGCCGGCAGGAGCCCCUGAUUCGCAUCCGUAACCCUUGGGGGCAGGUGGAGUGGACGGGGGCUUGGAGUGACAAUUCCAAUGAGUGGAAUGAGCUCGACCCCGAUGAGCGGGACGAACUGCAGCUCAAGAUGGAGGAUGGAGAGUUCUGGAUGUCAUUCCAGGAAUUCCUGCGCCAGUUCUCCCGGCUGGAGAUCUGCAACCUGACCCCCGAUGCGCUGACCAAGGAUGACCUGAGCCGUUGGCACCCCACGCUCUUCGAGGGCUCCUGGCGCAGGGGCAGCACGGCGGGGGGCUGCCGCAACCACGCUGCCACGUUUUGGAUCAACCCGCAGUUCCGGCUGCGUCUCCUGGAGGAGGACGACGACCCCGGGGACGACGAGGUGGCCUGCUCCUGCCUGGUCGCCCUGAUGCAGAAGCACCGGCGCCGGGAGCGGCGUGUGGGCGGAGAUAUGCACACCAUCGGCUUCGCCAUCUACGAGGUCCCAGAGGAGUUGCAGGGCAGCACGGGCGUGCACCUGAAGAAGGAGUUCUUCCUGCGGAACCAGUCCCGCGCGCGCUCCGAGACCUUCAUCAACCUGCGGGAGGUGAGCGCCCACGUGCGCCUGCCCCCGGGCGAGUACGUCGUGGUGCCCUCCACCUUCGAGCCCCACCAGGAAGCCGACUUCGUGCUGCGCGUCUUCACCGAGAAGCAGAGCGACACCGAGGAGCUGGAUGAGGAGAUCAGUGCAGAUCUGCCCGAUGAGGAGAACCUCUCCGAAGACGACGUGGAUGAGUCCUUCAGAAGCAUGUUCGAGCAGCUGGCAGGGGAGGAUCUGGAGAUCAGCGUGUUUGAGCUGCGCAAGAUCCUCAACAGAGUCGUCACAAGACACAAAGACUUGAAGACGGAUGGCUUCAGCAUGGACUCUUGUCGCAACAUGGUCAAUCUCAUGGAUAAGGAUGGCAGUGCCCGCUUGGGCCUGGUGGAAUUCCAGAUCCUCUGGAACAAAAUCCGCAAGUGGUUGACCAUCUUCCGCCAACAUGACCUGGACAAGUCGGGCACCAUGAGCGCCUAUGAGAUGCGUCUGGCUGUAGAGUCAGCGGGCUUCAAGCUGAACAAUAAGUUGCAGCAAGUGCUGGUGGCUCGCUACGCCGAUGACAACUUGGGCAUCGAUUUUGACAACUUCGUGUCCUGCCUGGUCAAGCUGGAGGCCAUGUUUCGAUUCUUCUACGGUCUGGACCCCGAGGGCAGUGGUACCGCUGUCAUGGAGCUGGGGCAGUGGCUGGUCCUCACCAUGUGCGGAUAGAAGAACGGCCCGGCUCCUCCGGCACGCAGCCCCCCUCCCCGAUUCCUGGCGUCAGGACCGGGGCGGAGGGCGAGGGGCCGGCUGACCACCUCAGCCGCCCCCUCCCUGCUUCUGCAUGUGCUGGGGCCUGCCUGGGGGCCCGACCCGGAGCCGGCCUGGAGGCGGGACGGCAUCCCAGUUCCUGAGGGCGUCCCCCGUCUCCCCUCAGUCUGGGGGUGGCUUUUAUACUCUCUGUCUCUCUGAUUCUAUCUUUAUAUAUAUGUAUACAUAUAUAUAUAUGUACACAUAGGACUUGGGAGGGUAUUUUAGGAAGUGGGAGGGAAGGGGGCUUCCCCCAUCCCUGGGCUCACCUCCUCAGUCCCGUUCCCCCGUGCCACAGCGCUGUGUGGGCACCCAUCAGGACUCCCUUCCCUUCACCUUUUUCUCCCUCAACCGCCACUGAAAAACCACUCAGUGCAGUUAGCCAAGGACAGGGUCCAUGCCACUUCCGUCCGCCCGACACUCUGAGGGACCGUCCACUCCGGGCCCUCUGUGUCUCUUGACCACCAGUCUGCCUGUGGAGUAGCCUGCCAGCAGAGCCAAGGGGGGCCAACAAGGGGAUGGGGGGGACCCACUGAGGCCAAGGAUGGAGAUGAAUCUGGCCGUACCACUCCCCCCACUCCCUCGCCCAGCUGUACCCCCUCCCCAAGUCCAUCUCUUCCUUUCCUGCCUUCCUCCUCCCCAGCCUCGACCUCCCCACAGCCCCGUGGGCCUCAGUAAACGUUUCGUAAUAACAGCC